AGUUCUCAGUACCGGAAGUGACGUCCUUCACCGCAACACCUCGGAAGCCAUGCAACCUGGAGAUCUCGGCCUAUCACAGCUCGACUCGGAAUGACGUUAUUGCGCGUUAAGGCAAGUUCACCGCCCGACGUCUCGUCUUGUUCACAAACGCAGAAGUGUGUCUGUCACUCGGGAAAACAACUGAGAACCCGCCGACAUUAAACCCGGUCCGUGUGAGAGAUGGGGAUAGAGAAGGAGGCGAAAGGAGAAGGGAAGCCCAAACACCGGAAACUGAAGAGGCUGAGUGACGAUGAGAGCGCUUUGGCGGCAGGAGACUCGAUCCAAAUCACGAUCAGAGACAGCACAAAGCCAAAUAAAUCUGCAGAGAAAACCGAUAAUGGAAAGUCUAAGAAGGUCAGAACACCGAAGAAAGAGACCCACGAGUCAGCCAACGGUCUCAGCGAUUCGGUGAAAGAGGAGCCAGAGGACGAGGACUUUGCCGUGAAGAAGAAAGGGUUGAAAAGGAAAAGAAAUAAAGAAGAGCACUUGGAAGGUCCCCCACACCCCAGUGCAAAAACUACCUCCAAGGGGAAGAAAAGGCAACAUGAGCCGGACGAUGAAGGUGCCGGAGAUGCUCAGAAAAAGAAGUCAAAGAAGAGGAAAGAAGAGGUGGUAAAGAAGGAGGAAGGAGAGCACCCAGUCUCCAAAAAACCUAAGAGGACCAAGCAGCAGGCUGAAGAGGCCAAACUGCUGAAGAUCAAAAAGAAGGAAGAGGAGGAGCAGAGUCGCUGGAGAUGGUGGGAGGAAGAAAAGUAUGAAGAUGGGCUGAAAUGGAAGUUCCUGGAGCACAAAGGACCGUCCUUCCCCCCCGAGUACCAGCCUCUACCUGACGACGUUCACUUUCUCUACAAAGGUCAGAAGGUGAAGCUGAGCUCGGCCGCCGAGGAGGUGGCAAUGUUCUUCGCCCAGAUGCUGGACCACGAGUACACCACCAAAACGGUCUUCAGAGAGAACUUCUUUCAAGACUGGAGGAAGGAGAUGACCCAUGAGGAGAGAGCACUGAUUCAGGAUCUUGACAAAUGUGACUUUAGAGAGAUCCACGCAAUGCACAAAGCCAAGGUGGAGGCCAGGAAAAACAUGAGCAAGGAGGAGAAGCUGGCUUUGAAAGAAGCCAAUCAGAAGAUAGUGGAUGAGUAUGGCUUCUGUAUGCUGGACCACCACAAAGAGCGUAUCGGCAACUUUAAGAUUGAGCCUCCAGGGCUGUUCAGGGGCAGAGGCGAGCACCCCAAGCAGGGCAUGCUGAAGAAGAGGAUCCAGCCAGAGGACGUCAUCAUCAACUGCAGCAAAGAAGCGUGUGUCCCGCUGCCCCCUGCUGGUCACCGCUGGAAAGAGGUGAGGCAUGAUAACACUGUGACGUGGCUGGCCAGCUGGACUGAGAACAUCCAGGGCUCCAUCAAAUACAUCAUGCUCAAUGCCAACUCAAAACUCAAGGGAGAGAAGGACUGGGAGAAAUACGAGGUAGCCAGGAAACUGAAGACAUGCGUGGACAGGAUCCGUAACCAAUACCUCCUGGAUCUCAAGUCCAAAGAGAUGGUCACUCGCCAGAGAGCUGUGGCCCUCUACUUCAUAGACAAGCUGGCACUGAGGGCUGGUAAUGAAAAGGAGGAGGGAGAGACGGCAGACACGGUGGGCUGCUGCUCGCUCCGUGUGGAGCACAUCACCCUGCACGAGCAGCUGGACGGCAGCGAAUGUGUGGUGGAGUUCGACUUCCUCGGUAAAGAUUCCAUUCGCUACUACAACAAAGUCCCCGUCAUCAAGAAGGUUUUUAAGAGCCUUAAACUCUUCCUGCAGAACAAAGAACCUGGAGAUGACCUCUUUGACCGACUCAGUACAGUCCUGAUGAACAAGCAUCUCAGUUCCCUGAUGCCGGGUCUGACUGCGAAGGUCUUCAGGACGUACAACGCCUCCAUCGUCCUGCAGCAGCAGCUCAAAGAGCUCACAAACAAGUCUGACAAUGAGUCGGAGAAGCUGCUGUCCUACAACAGAGCGAACCGAGCAGUUGCUAUUCUCUGUAACCAUCAGCGGGCGCUGCCAAAGACCUUUGAGCAGUCUAUGGCAAAUCUACAGGCCAAGAUUGAUGCUAGAAAGGAGAAGCUGGCUUUGGCGAAGACGGAGCUGAAACAGGUCAAGAAGGAGGCCAAGACCAAAGGCAGCCCAGACUCAAAGCUGCAGGUGCUGGUGGAGCGGAAGAAGUCAGCGGUGCAGCGCGCUGAAGAGCAGCUGAUGAAGAUGGAGGUCCAGGCGACUGAUAAAGAGGAAAACAAACAGGUCGCACUGGGUACCUCCAAGCUCAACUAUCUGGACCCACGCAUUAGUGUGGCUUGGAGUAAGAACAUGGAGGUACCUGUAGAAAAAAUAUAUAAUAAGAGCCAAAGGGACAAGUUUGCCUGGGCCAUCGACAUGACUGAGCUGGACUUUGAGUUCUAACUUCAAACUUCUGAAACUGUGAGGCAAUUAAGGAACCAUUCACUUUAUAUAACAUACAGUACUUUAAUGUUGCAUCAGUACGUUCAAAGACAGCUGAUGUUGAACUCUGAGAUCAUGUGACAUGAUCGAGCUCCAUCCUUGUGACAUGUUUUGUUUACUGCUGUUUAUCCAUCCUGUUACUUUUGGCACUUCAUUCUGAAAAA